UCGAGAAAGAUCAUCAUAUUGUGCAAUUAACCAAUCACCACCUAAUUAAUUACCUUCUUCAACCUCGGUAUCCUCUAAUCUCACCGAUCAAAUGUUGUGCACUUUCAAGCUCAGGAGCCUCCUCUUCCUCUGCACAUUUCUCACGGGAGCGUUGCUCUGGUUCAUCUCCCAUUUCCUCUGGUGAUCCAUCAAUCCAUUUUAUCCGCCAUUGAUCCGAUCCGAUUCGAUCAAACCCAUGUGUAUCUAGAAAUCUAGAGAGAGAGAGAGAGAGAGGCAUCGAUCGAUCGAUCGAUCGAAGGAUGGUUGGUUCUUGUCAUGCAUCUUCACCAUUGCCGGAUCUGCCGGGGAGGAAGAAGAAGAAGUGCUGUUGCUGCCCAGGAUUAUGAGAUCGAUGGACUACUACGAGAUCCUCCAUGUCGACCGGAGCGCCACCGACGACGACAUCCGCCGCGCCUACCGCCGCCUCGCCAUGCGGUGGCACCCCGACAAGAACCACACCGGCAAGAAGGACGCCGAGGCCAAGUUCAAAGACAUCACCGAAGCCUACAACGUGCUCAGCGACGCCGGGAAGAGGGCGCUGUACGACCAGUACGGGGAGGAGGGGCUCAGGGCCGGUGGCGCGCCGCCGCAGCCCGGCGGCGGCGGCGGCGGCGCUGACGACAUCUUCGCCGAGUUCUUCGGGAGCACGCCGUUCACGUACUGCAACACGGGCGCCGGCACCACGGCGCGCGCCAAGCAGCAGGCGGCCUGGGACGCCGGUGGCGGCGGCGCGUACUUUGGAAGAGGCGGGUUCGCCCGUGACCACGGCGGCGGUGGCGCGGCGGCGUCGCCCCAGCCGCCGCCGGUGGAGAGCAAGCUGGCGUGCACCCUGGAGGAGCUCUACGUCGGCGUCACCAAGAACAUGAAGAUCUCCCGCAACGUCGUCGAUGCUAGCGGGAGAAUGAAAACGGAGUCGGAGAUUCUGUCGAUCGAGGUGAAGCCGGGGUGGAAGAAGGGGACCAAGAUCACGUUCCCGGGGAAGGGGAACCAGCAGUGGAGCCAGCUCCCCGCCGACCUGGUGUUCGUCGUCGACGAGAAGCCGCACGACGUGUACCGCCGCGACGGCAACGACCUGGUGGCGGAGGCCCGGGUCACGCUGGCCGACGCGCUGGGCGGCACGGUGGUCGUCCUCGCCACGCUCGACGGCCGCGAGCUGCUGGUGGAGGUGAGCGGCGGCGGUGUCGCCGCCGGCGACGAGGACGACGACGACGAGGACCCCGUGGUGUACCCCGGGUACGAGCUGGUGGUGCCGUCGGAGGGCAUGCCAAUCGCCCGCGAGCCCGGCCGCCACGGCAGCCUGAGGAUCCGGUUCGACGUCGCGUUCCCGGAGCGGCUGACGCGGAGGCAGCGCGCGCAGAUCAAGCGCAUCCUCGACGCCGCCGGCUAGCAGCCGGCGGCUGGCGCGACGUGACGUGCUGUAGGCUGUAGCUAGGAGCAGGCGACUUGCUUUCUUGCUUAAGCACAGCUUAAUUAGAGUUUGUAAACUACUAGUACUAACGUGGAUGUGUGUACAACCUUGCGAUAAAACAUGAUUUCGAAAAGGUUAACAAACACCUAUUUGUCAUGCA